AUGAGCAACAACGUUUCGGGCGAUAAUGCGAUCUUUGAAGACGGCAAGAUGGAGAUCGAGCUCACGGUCGACGCCAGAGUUAAGCAGGUGCUAGAACAGGGCUACCGCGACGUGGCGAAGCUCAUCUUCCGCCCCCAAUGGGCGCGUAACGACGUUCAUGAGAUCGUUAUCGAGCGCUCUCCCGUCGCGAUGCUCGUGCCCGAUCCAGAGCAGAGCAGACGCCUCACGUUGGAGACGAGGCGUCGAAACUUUGUGGCCUUGAACGAGCGCGGGCUACGCGUGAGCUGCUCGCACUGA